GUGGUUUUGACCUCUAUAUAAAACAGCUCACUUGACCACACGUGAGAUCUUCACAGGGUCACUUUGGAGUAAUGAAGUCUGCCUGGAUUGUUUUGUCCUUUCUGGUGGUCUGUCAGGGUCUUCUCAGGAUUCCCCUGAUAAGACGAAGGUCAGUCGGGCAGCUGGUGGAAGAAAAAGGCCUGUCUGAUGAGCUCAGGAGGAAGUUUUCAUAUAACCCAGCUGCAAAGUUUCUUUUCAGGAAGGAACGGAGUGAGGUGCCCAUGACAUUUGACCCUGAUACGACAUACAGUGGAGUGAUUGGCAUUGGGACUCCGCCUCAGUUCUUCAAAGUUCUUUUUGACACUGGCUCCUCUGACCUGUGGGUUCCUUCUGUAAGAUGCACCAGCUCUUCUUGCGCCGGUCACUUAAAAUUCAACAGCUCAGCAUCUUCCACAUUUCAGGCUGGCUCGAAGCCUUUCAAGAUCCUUUACAACAGUGGUUUUGCAUCAGGGAGCACCGGAUAUGACACCAUAAAGAUAAGUGAUCUCUAUGUGGAGCACCAGAUGUUUGGCCUCACUGAAGCAGAGGCCAUUUUCCUGGACUCUGUUCCCUGGGACGGGGUUGUCGGACUUGCCUUUUCAAAUGUGUCACUCGAUGGAGGCAUAAAUAUACUUGAUAACAUGUGGAACCAGGGAAUAAUCCCCCAGAACAUGUUUUCCAUGUACCUGAGCAGCUCUGUAGAGGGCAGCGAGUUAAUACUGGGAGGAACAGAUUCUUCAUAUUACACUGGAAGCAUUAAAUGGAUCCCUCUGUAUCAUGCCACUAACCUUUGGAACAUCCGAAUACAAAGUAUCACCAUCAAUGGGAACACUGUUGCCUGCGCUGGGAGUUGUGAGGCAAUGGUUGACUCUGGUACUUCUGUAAUCAUCGGUUCAGGUGAUGAGAUCAGCAACAUCAAUGGCUGGUUGGGAGCUAUUCCCGACCAGUACGGCACAGCUGCUGUCAGUUGCUUCAACACACAUCUGUUGCCAGAUAUUGUCUUCAAUAUAAAUGGCUACAGCUUCUCUCUUCCUCCAACGGCAUAUGUCAUAAAGUCUUGGUCUGGGUGUACAACAGGGUUUGCUCCUGGACCCUGGAUCCUGGGUGAGGUCUUCAUGCGGCAGUUCUACACGGCCUUUGACGUGGGAAACAAACUGGUGGGCUUUGCUCAAGCAGCAUGAAUACACCUGAAGAUCUGGGUCAAUGAAAAUAAUGUGUAUCGCCCCUAGAUAGCCUGUGAUAUGUGGAAAGCAACAGAUUUUUCUUUUAUGAACACUGUAAAUUCAUGCUUGUGUGUGAAACUAAUAAAGUGUUGCCUGUCAGGCCUUUUAAAUUCA